AGUAGAACAAAAUCAGAGAAACUUGGAGCAGCUGCAAAAUCAUGUUAUCUGCUAUUGCCUUUGGAUUCUCAGCGAAUUGGUGGUUGCGCUGUCACGGGCGAACGCCUCCUCCUUUAUCUUUUCCGGUUUCAGUGUCUUAUUCUUCCUCUUUCAACUCCAACUCAACUAAGUUCAACUAUAUUCAUAGAGCAUCCUCUGAAGGACUUCCUAAUGAGUUGGUUGAAGACUCAAAAUUUGUUCCUUUGAAUGAGGAGGAUCCUAUAUAUGGUCCACCUGCCUUAUUGUUGUUGGGCUUUGAAGCAGAUGAAGCUUUGAAGAUUCGACAGCUUUUGAAAGAGUUGGAUGGUGAAUUCCUAAAGGUCAUCUAUUGUACUGAAGACAUGAUUAUGCGUUCGCUUUGGGAGGCAAUGCAUACAACACAACCCAAUGUAGAAGAUGUCAAGAUAGCCAAGUCACUUCCUCGGAUAUGCUUCUUAUCUGGUUUAAGUGGAGAGGAGAUGAUGAUGUUCAUAGAUUCUUUCCCCGAAACUGGACUAAAACCAGCUGCAUUUGCGGCACUUGUUCCGAACAGUGCUAAUAAACCACUGGAGGAGUUGAUAGAUGAAAUAAUGGGAGACCAUGAGAUGUUGACUGGAGAACAGCUAUGAAGAGAUUGGAAAAGAGAUCUGAUCUGAUUGAAACCAACAAUUUUUUGCAGUAUCAGGGCAUCAAACUAUGCAUUAUAAAAUAUAAAUCCCAAUCUACUGAGGAUUUUAAGUAUAUGAAAUACUGUCUUUUGUGACGCAAGUUAGCAACUGAUUGUUCCUAACUGUUUAAUUAGUACUUAAUUGGAUAUUCUUUUGUUACUGCCUACUUGAAAACAUGGAAGGAAUCUCUUAUUCUUUUGUUAA